UCUGUGUAUCGCAGAUCUCAUGUCUUUUCCUCUCGAUGGUUUUGAACAGUCAAUCCAACACCAACAGGGACAAAUCCUCACGUCACGUGUCACGACAAGAUGGGUUUUCUAUUCUAUUCAAUCAUCGCUCCUCAUAAUAACAGCUAACACACGCACGUGUUUGUUCACACCGUAACUAUUAUUACACACAGUCACAUUUAACAAUCACACCGAAUAUUAGGGGCUUUCCGCAUGACGUUAUUGAGGCAUCAUCUGGCAUUUUUUUCGAAAGCGAAAGUAAAACAGGUAAAUCGGGAGCGCGUCUGGAUUCUGACUGUUUUUCGUCUGUUUCGUGGUUUAUAUUCGACUCUGUUGUUGUGUUGAACGCGUCUCGAUCGAAUCUAAAAUACGCAGAUCACUGAUUUAACGGACGAGGCAUGAUGUCGAUUAUUAUCGCUUUACUGGUGAAUCUCCUCAUAGAGACUUCUGUGUCGUUGACUGUAGUGGUUCCUGGUGAUCCUAUAGUGGCUCAUGUGGGAUCCACAGUGAUUCUGCCCUGCUGGAUCUCUCCUGCUGAGAACGCUGAAGCUCUGGAGAUCCGCUGGUACCGUCACGAUCAGUUCAGCAACCCUAUUCUCCUCUAUAAUCAUGGGAAGAUCCAGGACGUCCAGGAGGAAUCACACAGGAACCGAAGCUCUUUGACUCUGCGGUCAGAUCAGUCUGGUGGACUGAAGGACGGAGACGUCUCUCUACGGCUGGAGAAACUCACACUUCAGGAUGAAGGUUCAUUUCACUGUUAUGUGAGUGGAGACAGAGAAUAUGACAGCCAACAGGUGCUUCUCAAAAUAACUGCUUUAGGAUCCACUCCUGUCCUGUUUCCAAAGCCUCUUGAUGAUGGGCGUGUGAACAUCAGCUGCAGGUCCAGCGGCUGGUAUCCAGAGCCCAGUGUUACAUGGAUGUGUGAUGACAGAAGUGUUCUCCGUCCUGGAGGAACGUCUCACAUUCGUGGACCAGACGGGAUGUUCUUUGUUCAGAGCUGGAUGGCUGUCUCUCGCUCAGAUGCUCAACUGGUCUCAUGUUCACUGUCCAGCAGAACUGAAGAGUUCAGAGAAAGUAGGAUUGAUGUACAGGCCAUCAUCUCUUCAGAUGUUUCAUCAGGUCCAUGGAAGGCUCUUUUCUUCACUCUUCUCAUAUUUGCUCUUCUGAGUUUGGGUUUGGUUGGCUUUAUCCUGUACAGAUACAGAGAGAGACAAACAGGGAAGAAACCAGUUGGUGAAAAUUGUGAGGAAGAAACUAUGGAGAAACUGCUGAAAGGCGUUGGGAGAGAUGAAAAUAUGGAAGAACAGAGGAAACAUGCAGAUGGUGAGGAAGAAACUACGGAGAAACUGCUGAAAGACGUUGAGAGAGACGUAAAUAUACACGAACAGAGGAAGCAUGAAGUUGUGGGAGACGUAAAUAUAGAAGAUUCGAAGAAACAUGCAGAUUGUGCGGAAGAAACUACAGAGAAUCUGUUAAAAGACGUUGUGGGAGACGUAAAUAUAGAAGAUUCAAAGAAACAUGCAGAUUGUGGGGACGAAACUAUGGAGAAACUGUUAAAAGACGUUGAGAAAUUAAAUAUAAAAGAUUCGAGGAAACAUGAAGUUGUGGGAGACGUAAAUAUAGAAGAACUGAGGAAACAUGCAGUUGAGAUCACUAUUGACCGUGAGCGUUUACAUCAAGAUCAUAUUCUUUCUGAGGACUGUAAAAUCGUGAAGGCCAGUCCAGAUUAUAAUCACACUGGAGAGGAAUUUCCAAUUCAAUUAUGUGCAUUUGGAGCUCAAAGAUUCACCUCUGGUCGACACUAUUGGGAGGUAGAGCUGACACAAGAAAAUACAAAAAACUACUGGUUAAUUGGUGUGGUGAAAGAUGGAAAUUUAACUGCAAGAGACAGAUCUACUUUUACUCCAUUCUACGGUUUCUGGUUCUUGUAUUCAGACGGUCCUAAUGGCUUUCACAUCAACACUAAUCCACCAGUUAAACUCUCUCUAACACCGAGACCAGAGCGACUGGGAGUUCUGUUAGAUUAUGAUAACGGUCAGCUGUCAUUUUACAACGUCACAGAGAGAAAACAUCUCCUGACCAUCAGCAGCAGAUUCUCUGGAUCAGUCGUUCCUCUGUUCAAUCCUGGAGCUGGUGAUCAGAGUGAGCUUAGAAUUCUGGAUUGUCCAAAACCAGUAUAUGCACAAAUACAUAAAGACAUAAGGACAUAAAUACACAUUGAAAGACAAAACAAAACAAAAUUAAAAUUUAAAAACAAGCCCCAAAUCAAAUAAAUAACACAAAUAAAAUAAAUCUCUUCAUAUAAACAAAAUAAGGCUUUGUCUGUGCUCUUUCCAUU